CGUGGUGGUGGUAGUGGCCAGAGCACGGUGCAUCACCCUCACAGGACCAGGGUGAAGGGACAGUGCAGACACCACUCUCUGCUCCUGCUCUGCUGGGGACAGGCUGGCCCUCGGUGCAUGCGCCACAAUGACGGUGAAGAAGACCCAGGCUCUGCAGGAUGGAAGUGCCAAGGAGAACGUGCUGCAGAGGGUGCUGCAGCUGCCCGUGGUGAGCUCCACGUGCCAGACGCUGCAGCGCAAGUACAGCAGCACCAAGGAGUCGCACCCGCUGAUGGCCUCGGUGUGCGAGGUGUACGAGCGCGGCGUGCAGGGCGCCGGCGCCCUGGCCAUGUGGGGCAUGGAGCCCGUGGUGCGCCGGCUGGAGCCGCAGUUCGCUGUGGCCAACAACCUGGCUUGCCGGGGCUUGGACCACCUAGAGGAGAAGAUCCCUGCUCUCCAGUACCCUGUUGACAAGCUCGCAUCUGAACUGAAGGACACCAUCUCCUGCCCCAUCCAAAGUGCCAAAAGCACCAUUGGCAGCUCCAUGGAUAAGAUCAUCGAGCUGGCGGCGGAGGGCUAUGAGGCCACCAAGAGCACGGUGGAAACGACAGCCAAGUACACAAGGAAGAACUCAGUGACCCAGAUGGCAGCUGCAGGGGUCGACACAGCCCUGGGAGGGCUGGAGAAGCUGAUGGAAUACCUGCUGCCAGAGGAGGAUGAAGAAGCAGAUAAGAAGCCCAAAAAGAAACGUCUGUCAACACCAAAGGUGUCCCAGCAGCAGCCCAGCACUACCACUGCUCCCAGUGCUCCCAGUGCUACCAGGGCUCCCAGUGCUCCCAGUGCUACCAAGGCUCCCAGUGCUCCCAGUGGUACCAGUGCUACCAGGGCUCCCAGUGGAAGCCUGGCCAAGCCCAGUGCCCCUGCGGCCCCUCAGGCCCGCAGCGAUGGGCAGGGCAGCACGGGCUGGCUGACCCGGAGAGCCAGCAAGGCACCGGAGCAGAAGCAGGAGAAGGCAGGCAAGAAAGACACCAACCCCGCCAAGGCGGCACAGGACCCCGGGCUCGUGGGCAGCGUGGCUCACAACCUGCAAACCGCCUGCGCCUCGGGCAUCUCCAGCGUGAAGAAGGUCCCAGCCGUGGCCUGGGAUGCGGCAGAGGGCUUGAUCCUCUUCACCCCCCGCAGGCUGUCCAGGGCCAUGGAGACUGUGGAUGCUCUCGGGGGGACCCUCGUCAGUGCCCCUAAGCAUCUGCUGGGCACCCUGUACAGCUACGUGCCGCUCCGCAGGCAGUCGGUGAAGGAAGAAGAAGCAUCCAGGAGCACCAAGACCAACGCAGAGAAAAAAGAGAAGAAGGAGAAGGAGGAGGAGGAGGAGGAGACCAAGCCUGCUGCCCCCUCCAGUGAGGAGAAAUCCCAGCUGAGGGGUGACUGGCGGCUGUACCGCGGCCAUCACCCCCUCUCCUUCCUGGGGCUCGAGGACCCCCUCUUCCUGCGGCACAGCUACUACCGCAGCCCUGCCUUCGACCCCGACUACCCCUUCCCGCGGAAAUCCGCCUUCUCCCCCUACAACCGGCGGGUGAGCGAGGGCUCCUACCGCUUCAGCCCCGAGUCCAUGUACGGCCGGGCCUACUACGGCAACCUGUACACUCCUGUCUUCAAGAAGGACUGA